AUGGUGGUCAGAUAGGAUGUGGGGCGCAGUACACCAUACCACCUUUCGUUCAGCCGUCACGAGUAGCGUCGUUACUGGGUUCACACUGUCACAGCAACGCACAGAAUGAGUAGCCUUCAUCCGCCAUCUGCCACCGAGAGUAAUCGGCCAGGAACCACAGACACCGUAGAAACACAGCAGGACUCAGAGGCUCGCCACAAACACAAACGGCUCCACCGCGUCCUCACCCGCUUGGACGGCGACGACCUGAGCAGCGCGGAGAGGGUAUCUGCCAUCGUCGGGCUCUGGCUCUUCAUGUCGGUCCCCGGAGUGGGCAUAUACGCUCUUAACGGCUUCCUCGGGCUCGUUCUCGGGCAGGCGGUCCUGCGCGCGAUCCAUCCAGGCGACCCGGGCUACGCGACCAGCGUUCGAUCCACGAUGCAGAUCGGCGCGGUGGGCAGCGGCGUACUCGGCGUGGCGAUCUGGGCCGUCGUCCUGAUGCUCCUAUGCCUUGCGGCCGUUAGCAGGAAUGUCAAAGGCUUUGCGAGGACGAUGAACAUGUCGACAAGCAUACGAAAAGACCUGGGCUCCCUCGCCUUCUACACCGCGGUCGGAGCCGCCAGCGGACCUCUGGGAGUUGCCAUCUUGAAGCACCACAGAAGCGCGAGUCAGAGAGCGGAUAUGCUGAAUGUGAGCGACGCGGCGAGGGUGGGCGCGCUCGGGUGGUUCCUUCUCGCAGUGUCGUGGUUGUUGAACCACCAGUCGAACACCUUGAAGAGCAGGGACCAGGCAGACCAACGGCCGAUCUGAUGGCUUUCUAUGUAUGAUAUCGCCGUGAUGUAUCGCGUCCCGGGCAAGUCCAAUAAGAGUGGAUUCCAGUCAGACGAGCCGCAGUGGAGGAGAGCGGAGGUUGUUCAGCAGAUCGGCGGUAGCGCUCGCGGAGAGGACUUGGCCGGCCUUUGCCGAACUCCCACUAGGGACUUCCUUUGUUCUCUUUAGCGAGGCAUUUCAUCCUUUGAGCAUCUGCGCAGAAAUCCACUGAUACAUUGGACGUUAUCGUGGAUGCAUCUAAGACAAGGUCCGUUAUCGCUCGGUUAGACGGCCCC